AGUGCGUCGCGAGGGCUUCGAGGGAUGGCACCUGCGGUGUGGCUGCGGGUUGGUCCGUUGCUGCUCCUGAUGAUGGUAUUACUGCCUGGGAGUGGGGCGCAGGGAGGCGAGGUGGCCGUGGAGGGUCUGCUGAGAGCCAUCGUUCAGAAGGGUCUCAACGAUUGUCACUUAGCUGUCGUGGGCUACGGGCCGAGUGUCAUCGCAAGUAUUCUGAGAGGUCUGGAUGGCAGCAGCGCCUCCGUCCUGCCGCGCACCGUGGUGGAUGUGGCGGAGUCGUGGCAAGGGCGCGGGGACCUGCUGGCGGGUGUGGUGCGGGGAGACGUGAGGGCGGCGUGCAGGCUGCUGGUGGCUCAGGCAAAGGGCAGAGGCAAGGAGGACGUGUUCCAAUUCCUGGAAGUAGCCGGACUAUAUGAAUGGGAGGAGACCUUCGUUGUGCUCGUUGGGGAGGAGGAAAAGGAGGGAGAGGAAGAGGACGUGAAAGGGAAUGAUAUAGAAGAAAUUUUGCUUCAUCACACUUUUAGAAACACUCACUUUCUCCUAUACCUUGUGCCUUUAUCUUCUAAUUCCUUGCAUCCAGUCCAUCAGCCUCAUCCUGUCACUAAUGCUCCCACUCUUACUACUACCGCGUCUGUUGCUAUUGUGAAGAACAAGAGAAUGGAGCUUAUCGACGCUCUCUUUCUCACCUCCACUGCAGCACAAAAGAUGAAUGAAGGCCUGGUCAAGGUGUACACACGCUGCCUGUACUGUGAUGGCGGAAGUCCUGCUGUGCGUCUCCUAUACACCUGGAGGCAUUCAUCUGCACAACAGCAGACCAACAGUACCUCUUUCUUCCCUGGACCACUGCGGAACCUGAAGGGUCAUCGUCUGCGUAUUGUGUCCAUGGAGUGGUUUCCUUUUAUCGACUACAAGCGGAGCACUCCGGAGGGUGGCGCUGUGGUCACCCCGCGAGAUUCACUUGACUACCGCAUGCUGAAAGAUAUCUCCAAGCGGCUCAACUUCACCUACGUGAUGCGCGCCCCUUGGGACAACCAGUGGGGGACGUCGACGGACAGUGGCAACUGGACGGGGGUAGUAGGGACGCUGCAGUACCAGAAGGCAGACUUUUCCAUGAUGCUCUCCUACAUGCCGACUCGCUUGCCUGUCGUCCAAUACUCCAGAAUCUACGCCUCGGAGCCUCUCGUUAUGGUGACCUCCAAGCCGAGGCCUCUCUCACAGUCCUUUGCUCUCGUGCGGCCCUUCUCCGGGGAGGUGUGGAUGUUAACGCUAACCUCGGCAAUGGCAGCGGGCGUGGUGUUGUGGGGGCUGCAGCGUGUGUGGGCGUGGGUGGCAGGGCGCGAGAAGCCUGAGUUGGGUCGCUCUAUGAUGACUACUUGGGGUAUCUUGCUAGAGGACCCGCCUGUCAAGCUGCCUGCUAAUCCAACAGGCCAGAUGGUGGUUGGGUGGUGGUGGGUGUACUGCAUGCUGCUCACCAUCGUGUACCGCUCUUCACUCAUCGCUCACCUCACCGUGCCCGGACAGUCCUCCACGGUGGAGAGCCUUGCUGACCUGCUCGAAGCUCACCGCAGGGAGCGUUGGACGUGGGGAUAUGAGCCCACCUACGGCAGCGGCUGGGAGUGGCUCAAGAUUAACGAAAGUCCCACCGUCAGAACUGUGUUCAAGUCCCUCAUGCUGGUGGGCCUGGAUGAGCAGCUGGCACGGGUGCUGCGUGGUCGCCACGCCUUCAUCACAUGGAAGUACUACAUUCGCUCGGUGGUGGCGGCGCGCUUCAAGGGAGCCUCACCCCUUCACACGGCACGGGAGGAACUCUUCAACUAUGGCGGUUACGGCUGGGGGUUCAGGAAGGGCGCGCCAUUUCGGAGUUUGAUGGACGGCAUGAAGAUACGCCUGGUGGAAUCCGGGGUUAUAACCACGUGGCUGGACCAGCUGGUGUUGACGCCCCACCCCUCCACGCCCACUACGGUCUCGCAGCAGAAACCGAUAAUACAGGAGGAAGAAGGCGCGGACCGUGUGGUGCUGGGCCUGGGACAUCUGCAGGGAGCCUUCUACCUACUGGUGUUUGGUCUCUGUCUCGCCUUUGCUGCCUUCCUGGUGGAAGCGCUGCCGUGGUUCCGGCGCGACGAGGACACCAAGAACAGCUAACACUGCUCUCUACUGCUUCCUUCCUCCUCUUCCUUCCUCCUCCCUCGCUCCUCUCCUCCCCCAGGUCUUAAUUCUUUCCGUCCGAGCGCGUCAGUUGGAUUUGGUAACUAAUGCACUACUAUAAAACAGUAAUUGU